UUGUUGAUUUUGUUGAUGCUGUGGUGUAUUAGCAGAUUCAAUUAUACAGAAACUAAUGGCUCGGGAGUUGUGUCAGUAUUUUGGGGUUGUGUAUCUGUUGGUGAGUGUGGUGUAUGGCGCCCCGGAGUUGUUGACCAAUCCAGGCUUCGAGAGCGGCUUAAACAAUUGGGUUCACGAUGGUUUUACGAUGACUGUGGAGAAAUCUGUGGUGCAUAGUGGGACAUCAAGUGUGAAAUGCACAGGAAGAGGUCAAUCAUGGAUGGGCCCAGGCCAGUAUAUUACUCCAAAACCUGGAGGUCGUUAUGUAUUUAGCGCUUACCUGAAACUUAUCAAUGAUAUCCCAGGCACUACUUAUCAGAAUGCAAUUAUCACGAUGAAUUACAAAUGGAAAGACACAGAUGCUGAUGAUUAUAUGGCAGUUACCAGUAGACCUUUUUUAAACGUUGCACGUGGCUGGGUGCUGAUAGGCGCAGACUUUCAAAUCCCCAACAGAGGUAGCACAACUUUUCUACAUUUAGAAAACUAAGAUGAUUUUUGUAUGUGUCAAUAUUUC